CGCAGACAGCCGGAGAGGAAGCACGUCGGUCCCGCUGUAGAUCCAGGUUUUCCCCCUCUUAUUUCCCGGUGUUCAUGCGUCUUUUAACCCGGAACACAGAGCCGAAUUCCCCGCCUUGUUCUGCGGAUCUAGACUGACCCACAUGUGGAUGUCAGGAACCCUCUGAAGCGGAAUUGUGGGAAAUUUCUCCUGAAAACCGAGAAAACGUGAAGGAGGACUGGUGGGGUUGUUUUUUUAAAUUUUCUGCGGGGAUCCAGAGGAUGGGGAUUUAAGCACGCGAACUGCAGACACUGCGCACGCACGUCAGAUACCGAGGCCCGGUGUGUGUGUGUGCGUGUGUGUGUGUGUGUGUGUGUGUGUGUGUGUGUGUGUGUGUGAGAUGGCGUCGCCGCUUGCACACGAAUGAUCGGACAUGGAGGACGCCAACGACACGGCCCCGUUUUGGGCGACGACCUGGUCCUUCCCUUUAUGUGACCCCAGUAACUUUGAUUACCCCGACAAAAACCCCCUCAAAGACCCCGGCAUCGACCCCAGCGUCGGCGGUGACACCCUGAUGGGGGUCCAUUUCCAAGAGGACCCCAUUAAACUGCCCAGUGUCCAGGUAGUGUUGAUCCUGGCUUACAGCACCAUCAUAGUGCUGGGGGUUCUGGGUAAUUCUCUGGUGAUCUACGUCAUCUACCGCUUCAAGACGCUGCGCACCGUCACCAACUUCUUCAUCGCCAACCUCGCUGUGGCGGACCUGCUGGUGAACACGCUGUGUCUUCCCUUCACGCUCGUCUACACGCUGCAGGGCGAGUGGAAGUUCGGCGGCGCGCUCUGCUUCCUGCUGCCGUACGCUCAGGGCCUCGCCGUGCACGUGUCCACCGUCACACUCAACGUCAUCGCACUGGACCGACACAGGUGCAUCGUGUACCACCUGGAGACGAGGAUGCGUAAGGACGUGUGCUUCGGGGUGAUCGCUCUCACCUGGGUGCUGAGCGCCAUCUUAGCCAGUCCUCUCGCCAUCUUCAGAGAGUACGGAUCCUUCACACUGGAGCCAGGACACACCAUCCAGGUGUGCACGGAGAAGUGGCCCGGUAAGAACACGGAUGGCACGGUGUACAGCAUCUCCAUGUUGAUCCUGCAGUACUUCCUGCCGCUCUCCAUCAUCUCCUUCGCCUACGCUCGCAUCUGGUCGAAGCUCCGUGGCCACGUCGGCCCCGCGGAGGCCGGCGGCAGCAGCAGCGCCACCUCGGAGCGCCACCGCCGCCGCCGCAAGACCACCAAGAUGCUGGUGACCAUGGUGGUGGUGUUUGCCGUCAGCUGGCUGCCCUUCCACGCCUUCCAGCUGGCCACGGACAUCGACAGUGCAGUGCUGGACAUGCGCUACUUCCGCCUGCUCUACACCGUCUUCCACGUGGUCGCCAUGUGCUCCACCUUCGCCAACCCGCUGCUGUACGGCUGGAUGAACCGCAAUUACCGCGCCGCCUUCCUCGCCGUCUUCAAGUGUUGCCGAGCCGGGGAGAAGAGAGGAGGGAGGUUGGAUAGCAUCCACCCCGUCGGGGGAGGAGGCGGACGGGCGAUGAAGAUCGUGAUUGAAACGCAAGACGCCGUGUCCACCCACCUCAACGCCACCGAUGUUUGA